UGCUGCUGCUGCUGCAGGGGGAAGAUAUGAGGACAAAGCGACAAACAGACGCUGCUUGAAGGCUGGUAGCCAUAUAAUCAAAUUAAUAUUUACCCUUUAUUUUAUAUUUUUGGAACCAUUUCUAACCGAGAAACCUCCAGAACCACCCUCCAGCUGAGCGUGUUUUCCCCUCCUAGCUAGCGAUGUUGCACGGGAAGCACGACGGUGAGUGUCAGCUAGCAGCGGCACAGCUCGCGUCUGUCACAACCGGCUUCCUCACGUUUAGUCCGGCACACCAGUGACCAUGGAUGUCCGAGCAGUGCUGGAGUUCGCUACAGUCACCAGAGGACUUUCUCUGUUUCUGCAGGCUGUCUUGAAUGCUGCCAUCCCUGACCACGAUGCUGAUGCAUUCAGGCCCCCUCGGACAGAGGAGCCCCUGUACUUGGACUCAGUGGUGGACUGGUUGCUGGGUGGCCUCUCUCACUGGGACGCCGAGCAUUUCCUCUUCAUCGCUGAGAAAGGAUACCUCUACGAGCACAACUUUGCAUUUUUCCCCCUCUUCCCCGUCGUCCUGCGAGGCCUGGCCGAGACGCUGCUGUGGCCCCUGAGCAGCUGGCUGAGCGUUCGGGGCCGGCUGCUGGUGGCGGUGGCUCUGGCGAACAGUGCCCUCUUCCUGCUGAGUGUGGUCGCCCUGCACGCGCUCAGUAGAAUAGUUCUGCAGGACAGGCGUCUCGCUCUGCUCUCCAGCCUGCUCUACUGCAUCACGCCCGCCAAUGUUUUCAUGACUGCCGGAUACUCAGAGAGCCUGUUCGCCGCUCUCACUUUUGGCGGUCUGUUCCUCCUGGAGAAAGGAUUCACCUUCCGAGCCUGCCUGGCCCUCAGCAUCGCCACAGCGGCACGAUCCAACGGACUUGUCAACAUUGGGUUUCUACUGUAUCUUCCAUCACUGCACGCCAUCUCCCAGAUUCGUGUAUAUCGUGCAACGACAAAAGGCCACACUAAAGUCUUCCACUACAUCUGGGUCAUCGUCUGUCUCCUGCUCACCUCCCUCUUGGGAACCGCAAUUAUUGCUCUCCCCUUCUGUGCUUUCCAGUACUACGGGUACAGGACGUUUUGCACACCGUCCACCUCCUUGGAGCGGAUCUCUCCUGCUCUUCUGUCGCUGGCUGAGCGGAAGGGCUACCGGGUUCCAGAUGAAAAUGGUCCGCCGCCCCUCUGGUGUAUGAGACCCCUCCCGCUGCUGUAUUCUCAUAUCCAAGAUGUGUACUGGGAUGUGGGCUUCCUCCGUUACUUUGAGCUGAAGCAGAUACCGAACUUUAUCCUGGCUCUGCCUAUGGCCACUCUUGGCAUAAUGGCUGCUUAUGCAUACUUCCAUGCUAACCCAGAACUGUGCAUGAGACUCGGACUUUGGGAGACGAGUGCAAACAGAGGACUUGACAAACCCUCGCCAGGAUUCUUCAACCCCAGAGUGUUUGUGUAUGUCGUACAUUCUGCUGUACUCCUGGUGUUUGGAACACUGUGCAUGCACGUGCAGGUUCUAACCAGAUUCAUGGCCUCCUCGUCUCCCGUGCCCUUCUGGAUAAGUGCUCACCUGCUCCUCCUCAAUGAGCCGCUUCUUCAUCGAAGGAAAACGUCGAACCCCAAUGUACAGCUACAGAGCCAUUCCAGAAACGGUUGCAAGCACACACCUCAGAACCCCAUCACUGCACUGCUGCCACACUUUAAAGCCUGUUCCCCGACAACGCAGAGCAUCCUGGGAUACUUCCUCUCUUACUGGGUACUGGGCCUCGCACUGCACUGUAACUUCUUGCCAUGGACAUGAUUUAAGACGUUGCUCUGAGGUUUAAAUGCCAUAUUUCUAUGUAGGACUGGGCUAUAUACCAUCAUUUUUUAAAUUAUACCAUACAGUCAUUUUAUAACCUUGUCAUUUCUUUGUUAGUGCAGUAAUAGCUAGUAACUACAAUAACAAUACAAAGAACCUGUCAUGAAAAUAACUGUAUCCAUGAAUGCAUCAUUUCAUCUUCAUUAAAAACAACUAAACUCACUACUGGAGACAACAGAUCCAAAGCAAGUUAAAAAAAAACAAUGCAGUUUCUCUUAUUAUUGCCCAAUCCUACAUAGAAUUUACUACAUUUUUGAAGCUGUUUUAUUCAUGAUCCAGUGAAUAAGUUUGAUUUGUACAUUUUAGUCAAAUGGGUUUGUUGUCAGUUAGAACAAACUCUCUGUUGGUUGUAAAUUUUGGAGAAACUAUGGUUGUUCUUGGGGAAAAAAAGAAUAUUUCUUGCGGGAGCUUUAAAUUUUUAUUUAUUCAGUUUACUGCACUGCACUGCAUGUUUAAAAAAAAAAAUCCAAGUUAUAGCUUGGAACUUUUAAAUGAGAAUGAAGAAGAAGAACCUCAAAGAACCUCAAUUUCAUUUCCUCAACUUGUGUUUUUUUAUGUAAAGGUAAUUGUUCUUUCUUGAGGCACUGAUGUAAAACUUCUAUAUUGUGUUUCGUUGUAAAGAAAAUUUGUUGCCAAAGUUGUAAUGGCAAGUUGGCCUUGAAUUUCAAAUUAAACAAAAUGUCGAAUUAA